UCCUGACACGCGCAAUGGAGGUAAAGCCAUUUUGUUCGGAGGUCCUACGUGGCGGCCGGAUUGCUAAGCGUUUCAAGAUUAGACAUGAUUCUCCCUACUGUGUUAUUAGCGUUGGUAGCAGUAUGUGCACAUUCUGCACUCUCAGAAGUCGCCCAUUCGACAAAUUCAUAUUUAUCAACAGCUGAUAGACUGCGUUUGAAGAGCAUACUUGAAUCAGGAUUUCAAUUAGAAGAUGUAUCCACAGUAUAUUAUGCAGUUAGUGGGUACAAACUGCUUGGAGAAGCUGUACCAAAAACAGAUGCUAUCUGUAAAUAUUUAAUAAAAUCCAAUGGAGAAAAUAUUACACCUGAAACGGCACUUUACCUCGCGUCCACAUGGAAAGCUAUUGGAGGCUGCCAAGAGUUUCCCGCAAGUGCUGUGACUAAGAUAUUGACAAACGUUGUACAAAAAGAUACUUCUACACUCUCUGAUUUGUAUUUCGCAAUAAGUGGCUUGACAGCUUUGUCGCAAAAGGUACCUGCUGCCAGAAUCGACAAGUUAGUAAAAUUAAUACAAGCAGCUUUACGGAAGGAUGACAGUCUAUGGAAUUUGGGAUAUACAUUCCAUAUUGCUGCAGACUUAGGCACACCAGCUGCAUUUGCCUUCGAUCGUAUUGAGGAUGCUGUGGUACAAGCUGAUGAAGUGAAUGGCCAAUACUUGCAGUUUGAAGGCGGUCUUUCCAUUACGAGUUUUCUUAUCAAUGGCAUUCUUAAAUUGUCAACUUCGUUAAAGAAAAAGCCACCAUUGAACUUCCAACAGACUGUUAAAUUCAGCAAUUAUCUUCUCUCACGACGUUCCGUGCAAACCGCGAAAGGUGUCACGAACUUAUUGUCUGCUUUAACUACUUUGGCAGUCGACAGUUCUGAGAAGCCUAUUUGCGUAACUUUAGCCGAUGGAGGAAUCGUUAUCUCUAAUCAGCAACCACUGGUCACCGUCAAAGUUUGUGAUAUUCUUGGUCAGGCCUUGCCAACUGUGCCUAAAGUCGUUGCAAAUUCUGCCACAAGAGUAGGAGAUGACGUUGUUAUUCUUAGUAACGAGAAUUUACAAUCAUCUACAUCAGACAAGACUUUGUUUACAAUGAAUCUUAUGAAUGUGAAACCUGAUCGCGGUUUUUACAAGGUAUCAAUAACUGCGUCUUCGGUCACGAAUACGAUUACAGUGAAGGUCUUAUCUGAAGCGAUACUGGACUACUUAGAGAUCGGCACUGGCGAUGCCGAUCAAACUACUCAGCCAAAACUUACGAGGGUAAACACAGAAUCCCCGUCGAGCAAACUUGAUCAUAAGAUAGAAGCUGAUUCUCAACAGAAACUAGUCAUGCGAUUCUUGUUGCGCGACUCUUCCAAUAAGAAACCGAUGCGUGUGCAUCAAGCCUUCGUACGCCUUACGUCCGCUUCCGCGUCCACCAACAAGCGAGGUCACGAAAUCUUUUUUGUCGCCGAGCCUGAUGCUGCUCACGUUUAUAAAUUCGAUAUGCCGGUUGGAACAGCAGCUGCAAAUUUCGGCUAUCAAAGUGGAGAAUAUAAUAUGGAAUUAAUUAUUGGCGAUGCCGUAAUUAGCAAUCCAUUCCGGUUCAACAUCGGCACGGUGACUUUGAAAUUUCCUGAGUUGAGUUCAACAGAAGUUGGCGAAAAGAGUGCAUCUUAUAAGCAAAAGCCGAAUGUAUAUACAACUAAGCCGGAAAUAAAGCACAUGUUCCGCGAGCCUGAACGUAGACCUCCAGCGUUUGUAUCGAAUUUGUUCACGGGAUUGUGCUUAGCACCGGUUCUAUUGUUGCUGAUUUUAUGGGCUCGGCUUGGUAUCAAUAUUUCAAACUUCCCUUUAUCUCUCAGUGCAAUUACAUUCCAUAUUGGAUUAGGAGGCAUCUUUGUGCUGUUCGGUAUUUUCUGGUUAAAGCUCAACAUGUUUGUCACGCUGCGAUAUCUCCUCGGUUUUGGCGUUGUUACAUUCCUCGCUGGCAAUAAGAUGCUGUCGCAGAUAGCACACAGGCAUAAGAGUCAGCGUUAAUUUAUAUCUGAAUGUACGUUACAAUUGCAAUUCGAAAUGCGUAAUAAAUACAAGACUGCCGUAA